AUGGCGCCUCGCAACAUACUAUCGGUGGAUUCCGCGGAGCAUCAUAGCCCGUUCGGUCGAUCUUUCACCUCCAGUUCGCCAAUCGCGGAAGCUGCGAUUGCCCGUGAUCUGGCUCAAUUUGCCGACGACGAUUCGGAGACGAGCGCCGAUGAAACCUCCGAGUCGUCGACGGUGCGUCCAUACAGUAGACGCCCAUCCAGCAGUUACGCCGGGACGAAUCCGCACUCACUGGCUGGAUCUUAUCGCCGCCCGGGCUUUUUCACCAGCGUCAAUCACGCUACCGUCCUGCCGUCAAACGGGGAGUAUCAACCGCUGACGCAAGCUGAACGCGAUCAGGCGAUCGACGAAGAGCGGCAUCUGCUGAGCGAUAACCGGGUCAUUGCGGCGGAAGAGGGGCACGGCCGGUCGCAAGGAUUGCAGGGUAAGCUGAGCAGGGUCUUCUCGGCCUCCUCGGCGCAGGCCAGCUCUUCGAAGCAAUAUGGCUCGAUCCGGAGUUCGGACGGGCGGGAUAGCGAGACCACCGCGUUGCUGGCAUCCCCACCGAACAAUGGAAUGGGACCAGAGGAGAUUGACCGGAAGUGGGAAGAAGCUGUGACGGCCGGUCUGAUCAACACGACGUGGAAACGUGAAGCGGAGGUCAUUGGCAGAUACUCGGCCCCGCUGAUGGUGACUUUCCUGCUGCAAUACUCCCUCACUGUGGCGAGUAUUUUCACUAUCGGUCAUUUGGGCAAGGAGGAGCUGGGGGCCGUCAGCCUUGCUUCCAUGACGGCCUCCAUCACCGGUAACGCGGUGUACUCGGGACUGGCGACGAGUCUGGACACCCUCUGCGCACAGGCAUAUGGAUCUGGUAAGAGAAAGUUGGUCGGUCUACAGAUGCUCCGCAUGGUUUAUUUCCUGUGGCUCGUGACCAUCCCUAUUGCUGUUCUGUGGUAUUUCUCCGAGCAUAUUCUGGCCAAGAUCGUGCCGGAGAAAAGAGUGGCCGAAAUGGCGGGCCUGUACCUGAAGAUAGCGCUCUUGGGAACGCCAGGAUAUGCUUGCUUUGAGAGUGGCAAGCGAUACCUCCAGGCCCAGGGAGUCUUCUCUGCGUCGCUUUACGUGCUCAUUGUUUGCGCUCCGCUCAAUGCCUUUUUGAAUUGGUUUUUUGUCUGGAAACUACAAUGGGGCUUUAUUGGUGCUCCCAUAGCCGUGGUGAUCACCGAGACCCUUCUCCCAAUCGGCCUGUUCGCAUACAUCUACUUCUGUGUCGGCUCUGAAUGCUGGUGCGGCUUCACUAAACGUGCCUUUGACAAUUGGGGCCCUAUGAUUCGCCUGGCCCUGCCUGGUCUGAUCAUGGUGGAGGCAGAGUGCCUAGCCUUCGAGGUGCUAACGCUGGCGUCGAGCUAUCUGGGCACAUCUGAACUCGCCGCACAGGCCAUUCUCUCCACCAUCUCAAGCAUCACCUGGCAGAUCCCCUUCCCGCUGUCCAUCGCGGGCAGCACACGAAUUGCGAACCUUAUUGGCGCCUCCUUGGUAGGUGCCGCCAAGACGACCGCCAAGGUGAGCUUCUGCGGAGCCACUAUCGUGGGCCUCUUCAACAUGGUUCUCCUCUCCAGCCUUCGGUCUUAUAUUCCUAUGCUGUUCAGCUCCGACCCCGAAGUCAUCAAAAUUGUCGCCCAGGUCCUCCCCCUGUGUGCAGCCUUCCAGCUAUUCGAUGCCCUGGCCGCCAAUUGCAACGGCAUCCUCCGGGGUCUCGGUCGUCAGGAGAUUGGCGGCUAUAUCCAACUUUUCUGCUAUUAUGCUAUUGCCAUGCCCAUCAGUAUGGGAACGGCAUUCUCAUUAAAUUGGGGGGUCAUGGGCCUCUGGACUGGCGUCGCCCUUGCGCUUCUGCUUGUCUCUGCGACCGAGGCUAUCUUCAUUAGCCGGAUUAGCUGGGAGCGGUCGGUGGAUGAGGCCCAGCUGCGGAAUGAGCAGAUCUGA